AUUCAAUACGAUGCGGUUUAUCCAAGAUAGCUAAAUUCAAGUGACGUGUCGUUUAACAUAGCGGAUUAGUUGGCAUAUGCGUGUCUGCAGUUCCAAGUUCAUUGCGAUACUGAGCAGUGGACGACUUGUCUUCUUCUCUAAACCCUCUUCCUUACAAAUACAAUAUAGAAGAAGAGACUGUUUUGUCAAACAGAAUUUCUUCUCAGCUUCCGCAAGAAGUUGAAUCACUAAACCCUAAUUAGCUCCUAGUUAACAAUCGCAAAGAGGAACUUAAAUUUUUAAGAAUUUAAGAUGAAUGAAGUAAUAAUCUAUUCACCUGCUCGAACGGCAACGCAACAGGGCUCAGGGAAAGUUGGGAGAUGGAAAAUUAAUUUCCUGUCUACACAAAAGUGGGAAAAUCCUUUGAUGGGCUGGACUUCUACGGGAGAUCCAUAUGCCAAUGUAGGUGAGGCAGGGAUCAGUUUUGACAGUGAAGAAGCUGCAAAGGCAUUUGCUGAGAAACAUGGUUGGGAAUAUGAGGUCAAGAAACGUCACACCCCUCUUCUAAAGCCUAAAUCGUACGCUGACAAUUUCAAGUGGAAGGGCCCGGCAAAUUAAGAGCGAAAUUACAACAGUUCUUCAUAUUGACACUUGAAAAGAUGUACGCAUAUCCUAAUUAUUAUCAUGUCUAAUAUCUGUGUAUAUGUAUCAUAUAUGUUAAUGUCUCUGCGAAUUAAAACUAUCGAACUUUCUGUUUGGAAGAUACAAUUCUUAUGCUUGUGUUGUAAGUAUCUUCUUUGCUUAGAUGAGAUUCUGGCAAUGAUAUUUAACCA